AUGCUUCAGCAGGUGCCCACGACUCAAGCUGCAGAGACAUGGACCAGAGUCUGUGAGACGACACACGCUCCUGCAAACGGUGUCAUUCUUCUUGAGGCCAUGUUGUGUCCUUUGCUGCUGUGCGCUGCUCUUCUCCUCCUGCCGCCCCUGGAGACCCCCGAGGGGCGCUCCCUGCCGCCCUCCAGCGCGGCUCAGUUUGCAGAGCAAUUUCUGGAGCGCUACAAAGACCUUCUGACCCUGGAUGACCUGGAGAACAUGCUGAACAGUCCGCCGGACGAGCAGCCCCCCUCCAGUGGCCCGGGGGGUCAGUCCGGGGAGCAGACCCCGUGGUUGAGGCUGCUCAGGGGGUCUCUGGCCGGGCAGAAGAGAGCUGAGCCCGACCGGCUGCGGAGGGGCUGGAACCGGGGCUGUUUUGGCCUCAAACUGGACCGGAUUGGUUCAGUGAGCGGACUGGGGGGGCGGGGCCUCUCAAACAUAAAAGUCUCUGCGAAAGUCUGCUCUCCCCCACUCACCCACUGGACAGACUCUCACAAACGAGGACUAGACCCACUCAGGCAAAAUGGUGAAAGUUGGCAUCAAUGGAUUCGGCCGCAUCGGUCGUCUGGUGACCCGUGCUGCCUUCCACAACAAGAAGGUUGA